GAGCGGAAAUGGAACAAGAACGAGCGGCAGCGGUUCCGCGAGGAAGCCGAGAUGCUCAAGGGUCUUCAGCAUCCCAACAUUGUGCGCUUCUAUGACUACUGGGAAGUGCACAGCCCAAAACGGAGAUGCAUUGUCCUUGUGACGGAACUCAUGACUUCCGGGACACUCAAACAGUAUCUGCGUCGACUACGCAAAGUAAACCUGAAGGUGCUAAAGAGCUGGUGCCGGCAGAUUCUAAAAGGUCUCCAAUUCCUUCACUCUCGUUCCCCUCCUAUCAUUCACCGAGAUCUCAAGUGUGACAACAUCUUCGUCACUGGAACUACCGGAUCUGUCAAGAUAGGAGAUUUGGGGCUAGCUACUUUGAAGAACAGAUCCUGUGCCAAAUCUGUUAUUGGUACUCCGGAGUUCAUGGCACCUGAAGUGUAUGAGGAGCACUACGAUGAGAUGGUGGAUGUAUACGCCUUUGGCAUGUGCAUGAUGGAGAUGGCCACAUUGGAGUACCCCUACAAUGAAUGCUCCGGACCUGCCCAGAUUUACAAGAAAGUGACAACUGGUGUACGGCCACAAAGCUUCUUCAAGAUCGAGGAUGAAGAUGUGAAAUAUAUCAUAGAUUGGUGCACAAGAUUACACAAUGAGGAGAGACCAACUGUGAAAGAUCUUUUAAACCAUGAAUUCUUCCAAGAAGACACAGGCAUCAAAGUUGACCUGUGUAAUAAAGAAGAAGCUGUUGCCUCGGAUUCAGGAAAAGUUGUGCUUAGGUUACGAGUAGUUGAUGCAAAGAAGAGAAAAGAUAAGCAUAAAGAGAAUGAAGCUAUUCAGUUUGACUUUGACAUAAAUAAUGAUAACCCAGACAAGAUUGCUGAAGGCAUGGUUAAAAUGGGGAUGAUCUUAGAGGAAGAUGAGAGGUCUGUGGCCAAGAUGAUCCAGACACAAAUCCAGAAUAUCACUCGGGAGCGCGAGGAGAGGCGCAAGAAGGAAAACAUGGAAAAGGAGAAACAGCAACUGGAAGAACAGCAAAUGCAGAUGCAACAGCAACAACCACAAGCACAAACACAGCAACCACAACAGCCACCACAGCAGCAGCCACAGCAACCUCAGCAACAACCACAGCAACAACAGCAGCAACCACAACAACCCACACUACAACACCAGACUUCACUUCCACAACAGACCCCGCAAGUGCAACAGACAACACAGCAACAGGCACAACCAAUACCUGUGGAGCAGCAGCAGCCACAGCAGAGUCAACAAGCACAACAGCAGGCAACACAACAGCCACAGCAGCAGAGUCAGCCACAACAACAGCAAACUCAGCAACAGACAACUCAGCAGGAUGGCCAGACACAGAAGACUACGGAAUCGAUUAUCUCCGGAGAACAGCAACAAGGGGAUGGGGUUCGAGAAUCUGGGUAUUACACCCUCACAGCUGGAACUGAGGGACAACAGACCAUUACACAGGAUGGACAGUUUUAUGGUGGAAACUACAGAUAUGGUAGCUACCAGAGCAGUUCCUCACAAUACCAACCUGUGAGCGCUGCCUACCAGCAGCCCCAGUACCAGCAGGCCCUCAGCACUACUGGUUCAUCUGUCUCACAGGCCUACCUGACCACAACUGCUUACCAGCCAGUGCCGCAGCCACAGCCGCAGCAACAGCCACCUCAGCAGCAGCCACCUCAGCAACCAGCACAACAGCCACAACAGCCACCACCACAACAAACACAGCAGCAUCCACCUCCCCAAUCCACUCAACCACAGGUAGAUCAGCAGCAACCACAGCCCCCACCACAGCCACAACAGCAGCCAGAAUAUUACAGUCAGAUUAGUUCACAGGUUGGGACUGGGAGCCAGGCUCCCUUGAUGACCUCCCAGCACCCCAUGGUUAUACCACAGUCCCAGGUGCUUUCCUCACAAGGUGUUAUAAUUGGUUCACCACCUGUGGUGAUUGCCUCUCAGCCCAUGGCAGUGCUUAGCCACCCUCUAGUCAUGGCAUCUGUACCCAUGGUAGUUUCUUCUAUCCCCUCUGGUGUGAUGUCACAGCAGCAUAUUUCUCAGCCAACUGUACCUGUCAUGUCUCAACCCACUGGCCUGACAUCGCAGCAGCCAGUGAUGUCCACCCAACAUGUACUUCCUCCUCCAUCUGCUGGACAAGCACUGCAGGCACAGCCUGUGUCACAGCCACAGCCGCAGGGGAUGCCGUCCCAAGCUGCUGCUGGCUCAGAGACACAGCCAGUCAUAGCUCAGCCAAUGGUUGUCCCACAACCAAUGGUUCCACCUCAACCACUAGUUGCUUCACAGUCAGUGGUUACCUCACAGCCACUGGUUGCUUCACAACCAUUAGUAGCCUCUCAACCACUUGUUGCUUCACAGUCAAUGGUUACUUCACAACCACUAGUUGCAUCACAGCCACUAGUUGCUUCACAACCCCUUGUUGCGUCUCAACCUUUGGUGGCUUCACAGUCACUUGCUGCUUCACAGCAGUUGUUAUCUUCUCAGCCUGUCGGAAUGCCACAAACCCUUGGGGGAACUCCCCUAGUGGUUUCAGUGCCACAGGUCACGGCAGUAGUUGCACCCACAGAGCACACUCUGAGCUCUACAGCAGCAAGUGGGGCAAGUGGGAUAAGCCUGCCCAGCAGCUCAACGCAGUUGGUGCAGCCAACCAGCCUUGUGCCACCCUUGUCAUCGGCUGUGCUUGUCCAGCCAGCAGUGUCAGCAUCAGUGUCUGAGGUGACCUCAACAAUGCAGCCCAGUGCAGUGCAGGCACAGCCAGAGGAUGCACCCUAUCACUUACCAGUUACAGCCUCUCAGCCUACAGUGAUUACCACACAGGCUGACUCUACGCAAAGGAUAGGAUCUUCUGAACCAAGUGUAACAGUGAUUCAGCAGGGGACAUCGGCAUCACAAGUUGCAGCAUCUGGUUCUAUGCCAGGAGUCCCUGCCUCCCAGCCAGUUGUUCUACAAUGUCAGCCUUCCGUGGUGCCAUCACUGCCAGGAGUUGUGCCUUCAAUAACACCUUUUGGAGCAUCCCAGCCAGCCUCUGCGGUGGUCAGCGAAGCGAGCCAGCUGGAGAGUUCUCCUUCACCACAGAUCCUCGCAGACACCUACUCACACCUCCUCAAUGACAGGCCUGGUGGCGUUGGUCUGGAGACGCAAGCCAUCUCCAACAACUCCCUCACCAGCAACAACACCUCCUCCACCAUCACCACCACCAUGUCCUCCUCCUCCAACAACACCACCAUCACAUCCUCCACUCACCCUCCAUUUGACCCCAGCGCCGCCUCCGAGUCGGAGUGCAGCGAGCACCCGGCUGAUGGCUCCUCCAGCCGCCACCACAUGGAGCGCAAGAAGAUUCGCAAGAAGAAGACACUCGACCGCUUCCCCAAACUAACUGUCCUGAGCGUGACGGAAACCAUGGUCGAGUGUCAGCUAGAGACUAUAAAGCAGAAGACCAUCACCUUCAAGUUUGACAUAACUGAUAAUGACCCUCAAGAUGUAGCCAACAAACUGGUAAUGACUAAUCUCCUACCUGUAAACCAUGCUGAAGUUGUGAUCAAUUACAUAGAAGACAUCAUCAGACAGCUUCAGGCCAACCCCAAUGUUCUCCCAGUCGUGUCCACUCCAGGGCUCGACUCCAGAAGUCAGCAUCACUCACAGGAUGGCCACACACGCUCCCCCUCGGCCUCUCGACGCCACAGGGACGAUCCUGAAGCACGGGCUCGCUACCUGGCCAGGAAGCUGAGUCGGUCCUCCCCUAAACGGCGACGACGACACAGCUCACACCGAGAGGAGGGAGGUGGGGACAGUGCCCCAGGAACCCCAAGCAAGCAGGUUGAAGGAAGGGAAUCAUCCCCUCAAGUGCAGACAAGCCCUGUGCGGCAGCCACAACCCACUCAGACACAACAGGAACAACAGCAGCAACAGCAGACUCAGCAGACUCCUCAGCAGCAGCAGGCAGUAGUUACUCCAGCCGCAGUGUGUGCUCCACAGCAGUCAGCCACUUCGACUCAGCCUGCACCACAGCAGCCACAAACUAAGGGCAGUAUUCACGAAAGAUCACAGGCUCAGAAAUUUGUUCUUAGAUUUGUCAAAGAAAGUUCUCAGACCUGUUGUGAUUUCUACCCAAGUGUUGAAUAA